AUGGAGGUGACCUCCAGGUCUGCCUCACGGCUGCUUCGGCCCUCCAACAAUGGCUCCAGAAUGCUUGUCCAGGCCGCCAGGACGACCAGAAACAGGCAUCUCGUGCCUACGAUCUCGCAGAGUCCCAGCUCCUUGCGACGAAGAAACCUGUCGAGUUCCUCCCGCGCCCUGGCUCCGGAAUCCUCCCUGUUGAGCUUCUCUUCGGGCGGCUCUUCUCACUCCGGUGCCCCCCAGUCGUACUUCUCGCAGCGGAGCUCGCUCCCCGCAAACACGAUCAUCCGCUUUGUCCCCCAGCAGACGGCAUGGAUUGUUGAGCGGAUGGGCAAGUUCCAUCGCAUCCUCGAGCCCGGUCUGGCCAUUCUGAUUCCUUUUAUUGACCGCAUUGCGUACGUCAAGAGCUUGAAGGAGUCGGCCAUCGAGAUCCCCAGUCAGAAUGCCAUCACGGCGGAUAACGUCACGUUGGAGCUGGAUGGAGUGCUGUAUACAAGGGUUUUUGAUGCGUACAAAGCUAGUUACGGAGUUGAAGAUGCGGAGUAUGCCAUUUCUCAGCUCGCGCAGACGACCAUGCGAUCCGAAAUCGGUCAGCUUACGCUGGACCAUGUUCUUAAGGAACGCGCUACCUUAAAUACGAACAUUACGCAGGCCAUCAACGAAGCCGCGCAGGACUGGGGUGUUGUGUGUCUGCGAUACGAGAUCAGGGAUAUCCAUGCACCUGAAGGGGUCGUGGCUGCAAUGCACCGCCAGGUCACGGCAGAGCGAUCCAAGCGCGCUGAGAUUCUGGAAUCUGAAGGUCAGCGACAAAGCGCGAUCAAUAUCGCUGAAGGUCGCAAGCAGUCUGUUAUCCUUGCUUCGGAGGCUUUGCGGGCCGAACAGAUCAAUCGGGCUGCAGGUGAGGCUGAAGCGAUCUUGCUGAAGGCUCAAGCGACGGCUCGGGGAAUCGAAGCUGUGGCGAAAGCGAUCCGCGAAGGCCAGGAGAACGCCCAGAAUGCUGUGAGUCUCAGUGUGGCGGAGAAAUACGUUGAGGCCUUUGGCAAUCUCGCCCGGGAAGGCACUGCUGUCGUGGUCCCUGGAAAUGUUGGCGAUAUUGGGGGCAUGAUCGCGAGCGCGCUGUCCGUCUACGGGAAAGUCAACGAAAGCCAGGCAAAGGCCCUGGCUGCGAAGGCUCUGGGGGUUCAGCAGCCGCCGGAGGUAGAGCCUUCCCGUAAAGUCAAGCAGGACGCAGAGGUAAAGGCCGACGUCCAGAAGGUGGAACAGACGCCCGAAAAGGAACAAGAGCAAGGCCAGAGCGAAGUCACAAAGAGUGUUUUGGAUGGUUUCGAGGAGGCCAGCCGGCAGAAGAGGUGA